UACAAAGUAGCAGGCGCGUAAGCUCCUGCUCUCCCUGUGAAUGCUAAGCUAACACCGGCAGUAGUUAGUUUAAUUUAAAGCGUGUGAGACUGUCUCUGUUUCAAUGGAGAGUAUAAACGCCAAGUACGUGUCCCAGAAAAUCAGUAAGACCAGAUGGAGACCAGUAUCACACUCGUCUCUGCAGCAACCAGAUAUCUUUGCGACUGGCUCGUGGGAUAACGAGGACAACAAGAUUUCCUUUUGGUCCAUUGGGAAUCAUGGAAGUUCUGGUAUGGAUGAUGGAUUUGAAGGAGACCCACAGCUUUUAUGUGAACACAAGCAUGAUGGAGAUGUUCUGGACCUACAAUUUUUGGACCAAGACAGAAUUGUCACAACAUCAUCAACUGGAGCAGUCACCAUCUUCCGCCACCAUCAAAACAAUCAGACAAUAUCAGUUUCUCAGCGCUGGCCGAGAGCGCAUCGUUACCCUUGUGACAAUGCUCCCUGCACCGGUGUUGUGUGCAGCAGUCCUGAAAUCGUUACAGUGGGUGAAGAUGGCAAGAUCAUCGUCUUUAGAGCCGACCAGGAGGGAGUGAUUCGAGUCAUAGAGAAUGCAGACAGCAGUACAAUUCAUGCUGUGACUUACCUGAGGACAACAGAGAUCUUGACAGUGAACUCUAUCGGCCAGCUCAAGCUGUGGGACCUCAGACAACAGAGCAACUCACCGUCCCAGAUUCUCUCCCUGUCAGGCGAUAGAGUCCCUCUGCACUGUGUGGACAGACAUCCCAACCAACAACACAUUGUGGCCACAGGAAGCCAGGACGGCAUGCUCUGUGUCUGGGAUGUGAGACAAGGCAACACACCCUUCUCAAUGAUGGAGGCACACUCUGCUGAAAUGUGGGAAGUCCACUUUCACCCAACCAACCCAGAUCAUCUGUUCACAUGCUCAGAGGACGGUUCACUGCUGCACUGGGAGACCUCGAGACAUUCAGACAUGCCCUCCUUCUUACAAGGUGGCAGGAACAACAGCAUGAUAUCUCGCAGUGCCAUGGCCCCGGCCGGAGGGAACCAGUCCCUCAUCAGCGCCUGGCUCAGCGGAGACUCCAGUAAAGGCCGUGUGGAGACGACUCACAUGCUCCCCAGCCAGACGCUGUCUGUCAACAGUUUGGAUGUACUUGGACAAUGUCUCGUGUGUGGGACUGAUGGAGAGGCCAUUUUUGUCAACAGACAGGUCCCUGUUUAAAAGAGCUGUUAGUGCACGGACAAGACGUGGAUGAAGAUCUGCUUAUUUUGUGUUAGUUUCAGUCACAACAGAGGUUUUAUUGUCUCAUUUGAUCACACAUGGUGCCCAAAAUACUGUGCUCACAAGUGCACUUUGACAUUUUGUCUUUACUUGUGUGUUUUUCUGUUAAAUAAUGUUGCAUACACAUUAUAUUUGUGCAUUUCUGGAUGGAGUCAUCAGGUGAGCAAGGUUUAUGUAUCAUUCCAAGCAGAGUAUUUCAGCUCUAGAGUGCUUUUGUAUGUUUUGAAACAAAUGAAUAAUGAAAUAAACCUUUACACAAAUGUG